AAAAGUAGUGCCUGGGUGCCUGUGUGUGCGCGCCCCCCUACCCCCAGGAGCUGCAUGGGGCUGGAGGCAGGAGGAGGCAGGGGGUUCCACGCAGACCCGGCCCGCGUCGGAGAACGUCCCCUGCAGCGCCGCGGCUCCCAUUGGUUGCUGUCCAGGGGUCCCAGCCAAUCCUGCCAGAGGUCGUGUUUCUCCUGGACUGAGACCCCCGAGACUCAGAAGCGAAGGGCACCCUUGGACGGAGUCACAAGCACCGCCGACCCAGUGACACGUUGGCAUCAGUCUGGAGCUGCCGCCUCCGUGGAUGUUGGAUGUUGAUUCCCAGAAGCCCCCCAAGGGGAAAUGGUCAACACCGCCCUUUGACCCGCGCUUCCCCAACCAGAACCAGACCCGAAACUGCUACCAGAACUUCCUGGACUACCACCGCUGUGUCAAGAGAAUGAGCCGCCGCGGGAAGAGCGCGCAGCCCUGCGAGUAUUACUUCCGCGUGUUCCACUCGCUGUGCCCCAGGAGCUGGGUGAGCAGGCCGAGGGGGCGCCGGCGGCUGGCCGGCGGGGCGAGGGUGGAGGGCCCCGUGCAGCUGAGCCGGCGCCCUCCGCCUCCCCGUCCGCCGGCCCCUCCCCAGGUGCAGCGCUGGACCGAGCAGAUCCAGGAAGGGACCUUCGCGGGCAAAAUCUGAUGGCCUGAGUGCGGCUUCUCGGAAGGGUCAGCGCCCUGACCCCCAUCCUCGCGUCUCCCGGAGACACAGCCCCGGUUAUCCACUCCCCGGUCUGUAAGCCACAAAUAAAGCUCUGUUGCUGCUGA